AUGCGCGCAUUAAUAGAUUGCGCGUCGCAGAUAUGCGCCGUUACGAGCGCGUGCGCCGAUCGGUUAGGUCUCAGGCGCUCUCGCUGGACAGCCCCGAUAAGCGGUUUAUCCGGGGUCCCCGUAGUAAAUGUUCAAGGCCGUGUCGAGUGUAAUGUACAGCCGCGGUUUGCGUCCGAACCUGUACUUUCCAUAAAUGCGUGGGUGUUACCCACCAUAACAGGUGACCUGCCCCGAACAACGUUACCUUCGGGCAUUAAAGAUAGGUACUCUAAUCUCGCCUUGGCUGACCCGUCAUUCGAUAUCACUUCACCUGUUGAUGUAUUACUAGGCGGCGAUGUAUACGCGUCAAUAAUGGACGGUCGCAAAAUUUCAGUGGAUAAAGCUCUGCCCACGGCGUUCAGUUCGGUCUUUGGUUGGAUUCUAAUUGGUCCUGUGUCCGACGGAGAGGCUCACCCAUAUCAAUCGGUGCCGGUCGCUAUGACUGUUUCCAUUGAAGGAUUAAUGGAACGGUUUUGGCAGGUUGAGGAGCCGGAGGCUGCCCCCUCAACGUUUACGGAGGAGGGAAGUUGUGAAAAAUUAUUUUGUGAACAGUCAAUGUGCUUACCGUGCGGUCGUUUUUCGGUACCGUUGCCGUUUCGCGCACCACCGUCAGCUGACACUUUUGCCGGGUCCCGCGAAGUCGCGGUGCGACGAUUUGACGCACUCGAACGUAAAUUGGCUUCGAACCCUAUAUUAAAAAUAUUAUAUGUCCAGUUCAUGUCGGAAUACAUUUCGCUAGGUCAUAUGUCCGUCGCAACGUCCCCUGGACGUUAUUUUAUCCCGCAUCACGCUGUGUAUCGCCCGGCGAUCGACGAUCGAAAAAUACGUGUCGUGUUCGACGCCUCCGCGCAAAGUAGCCGCGGCCCGUCAUUAAAUAACUGUUUGUUUACCGGUCCUAAACUACAACAGGACAUAGUCGACAUUUUGACGAGAUUUCGGGUCCCCAAAUACGUUUUUACGACCGACAUCUGCAAAAUGUACAGACAAAUAUUAAUUUUACCGGAAUAUCGUCAAUUCCAACAUAUUUUAUGGCGACCAUCGCCACACGACGAACUUGUAGAAUACGAGUUAAAUACCGUUACAUACGGCGUUAAUUGCGCGCCUUAUCUCGCCCUACGCGUGUUACAAACUAUUGCAUCCGACGAUUGCGAUAAUUUCGAAUUUGUGCGUAACGCGUUGACGCGCCAAACCUAUGUCGACGACAUUUGCGACGGGGCGGAUACAAUUUCGAAUGUAUUAAAGUUGCAGUCCGAUUUAAUCUCUGUUCUAACCAAAGCGGGUUUAGAACUGAAAAAGUGGGCGUCAAAUACGCCAUGCGUUUUAGACGCGGUGCCAGCCGCAGAUCGCGUGUGUGCACCUAUGCCGUUCGAAUCGGUCGACGGCUACGGUACUAAGGUGCUCGGCUUACAAUGGCACCCCGAAGGGGACUACUUUUGUUGCGCGUUGAGUCUCGAUUCGGAACCCGUAUGCACUAAACGUGGCAUUCUAUCCUUAGUAGCGCGUAUAUUCGACCCGCUUGGUGUGUUCGAUCCCGCGGUAUUUUUCGCGAAAUGUAUAAUGCAGCGGACCUGGCACCUCGGCAUGACGUGGGAUGAGCCUUUACCGAACAACAUUCACGACGAAUGGAUCGCGUUCGUCUCCGACUUACCGUCGUUAUUAAAUAUUCGGGUUCCACGUUAUUUGAACUCGAGUCACGGCGCGCCGUGCUAUUUACUAGGAUUUUGUGACGCCUCGCAACUCGGAUACGCGGCGGUCGUGUAUGUGCGCAUGGCUGACGUCGAUGUUAACGCUUCUGUAUUUUUAAUUGGUACGAAAACUAAAUUAGCACCGAUAAAAUCAUUAACCAUUCCCCGGCUAGAAUUAAACGCCGCGUUGUUAUUGGCUCGAUGGUUAGGUCGUGUCCGUGACAUUUUGGCCCCGCAACUUAAUAUUGUCGGCAUAAAUGCCUGGUCGGAUUCCACGAUAGUACUAUCAUGGUUAGGUGCCCCCCAUGAAGCAUUCAAAAUUUAUGUGUCAAAUCGAGUGCACCAAAUUCGCACUUUAUUGCCGGAUUGUCGAUGGCGGCAUGUUGACUCGGUCAAUAACCCCGCCGACUGCGCGUCGCGUGGCGUAAUGCCGGCUGCCCUACAGCAGCACAAAUUGUAUUGGCAUGGCCCACAAUUAGCGUACGGUGACCCAUCGGAAUGGGACGAUGCUCGUUCGCCGCUGCCGUUGUGUGACCUGCCUGAACUUCGACCCGUGUCUUGUGCCGCCCGUGUUGACGAAACUGACGACGAGUGGUUUAAUCGCUUUUCCAGUUACGACCGUAUGUUACGAGUAGUGGCGUACAUGCGCCGCUUUAUAGCCGCCGGCAUCCGUCGAGUACGUCAGCAGCCUGACCAUGUCGCACCCGCAUAUUUGCAAAAAUCCGAACUAGAUAGCGCCGCUCGCAUAUUAGAGGCUGAGUCCCAGCGCAUACAUUUUUCUGCUCUGUUACAAGAAUUGUCGACAG